AUGCAACAAAAAGAGCAGAAGGUAUUGGAUCAUAUCUUCCUCCCCAUGCUCCCUGAAGACCUCUACCUCGAUGACUCCUGCCAAGAUCUCCGCCAGAUCCUCCAUCGCUCCCUCAAGCGCGCUCAGCCCCAAGGCCGCGCCUGCACCCGCUGCCGACGCCAGAAGCUCCGCUGCGACCGCCUCAGGCCCUGCCUCAGCUGCAUCACGCGAGGCUGCCAGGAUGAAUGUGAUGCCGAGAUGGGAGCGACGUCAUGCCUGUCGUGCAAGGUGUCGAAGACGAGGUGCGACAAGAGCCGGCCUUGCUCUACCUGCAUUGCUCGGGGCAAGCCAGAGGAGUGCAGGAGCGGGUCCAAGGCCAGGUCGGUACAGAAGCCGAGAAAGAAGUCAGCAUCGCCGCCGUUGGUCUACUCCCCUGAGGAAGGGAUGACAGAGCGCGAGCUUUCGCCCUGGUCGACGGCGUCAAGCCACGGGAGCCUGGACACGCUCCUGCCGCUCGUCGUCGCCUCGUCGCGGGCGGGGUACAGCGAGCCGGCGGUCCUGCGGCUGAUCAACGCCAUGGGCCCUGACCUCCGCGGGGUGCUGGGCUCCUUGGCUGAGACGGUCGGGGAGCUCAACGCGGCCCGGGCCCGGGCUGGAGAGGGUCUGCGCGGGAGGGACGCAAGCAGGACCAGCGAGCCCCCGGCAGCUGAAGCGUCGUCACGGGGCUGGGCAUCGUGGAGGGUGCACUGGGGACCGGGGGAGGCCCAGCGGGGGAGGACGGAGGUGACGAGGGGGCUGGAGGGGCUAUGGGAGGCAGGGGCAGGCGAGGAGCAAGCGGGAGAGAGGCAUGGCGAGGAGGGGCUGGUCGAGCGGGAGCUGCCGACGUCAGACGUGGAGUACGUGUGCAUGCUGGUGGACGAGCUGCUGUCGUCCGGGGAGGCGCGGGCGGUGAGCUACCACCGUCUGUGCGGGAGGUCAGCAGGGGGUCUGCUGGAGGACAGCAUGCUGGUGCGGUCGACGGUAGAGAGGGAGGAGGACGAGACGGGGCGUGUGGUGAGCAGCCUGCACACGGUGGAGGCGGUGGAGACGGAGGAGUGGGAGAGGAUCCAGGGGAGCGCCGAGACCAGGUCGACGUACAUGCAGGUACGGAGAUACCUCGGGGAGGAGCCGACGGGGGAGGAUGUAGUACGAACGCACCGUACGGACAUGCUUUUCGGGGAGGACUUUGGGAGCAUGUCGGAGACGCGGGAGGGGCGGGAGAGGAUGGAGGGGAUGAGGAGCUUCUUCGAGGAGAAACUUGACAGAAUUUCAGGAACGCUGCGUGUUGUUAGAUUGGUUUGA